UGCGGGGAGUUGCUACAGUGGAGCAGAGCGGCGAUCGUGUCGAUUUCACAACCCAUCAUGGCGCUGUGUGCCGCAUCAGAAGGGCAUCCUUUUAGCAAUUUGAUUGACACAUUGAAAAGUGAAAAAUGUGAAGAUAAAAAAUUUUUUAAUCCACUGAAGCUUAAUGACCCAAGAUAUGGCCAACUUCCCCUGUCCAUCCGAAUCCUCCUGGAGUCCGCCAUACGCAAGUGCGAUGGCUUCUACGUGCGCGAGGAGGACGUCCAAAACAUCCUGGACUGGCGGCAGCAGCAGAGCUCCACUGAAAUCGCCUUCUCCCCGGCCAGAGUCCUGCUUCAGGACUUCACGGGUAUCCCUGCCAUGGUGGACCUGGCUGCGAUGAGAGAUGCCGUGGCCAAGCACGGAGUCGAUCCCAACCUAGUUAACCCUACGUGUCCCACCGACCUCAUCGUAGACCACUCACUACAGAUCGACUUCAGCAAAUGUGCGAUUCAGAACGCCCCAAACCCAGGGGGAGGGGAGGGCCACGGCACCCCAAUCAAGUCCCCCUCUGCCAAAGCUCCCCAGUCCCGGGGGUCCCAGUGCGGCGGCCAAGGCCAGAGGGGCUGCGGCAAGGGGGCCUGCAACGACCCCCCACCUGCCUCAGGAAGAGCCGCCGCUGCUGUCCAGAUCGAGAACACCCCCCUGCUCUGCCCCUUCCAUCUGAAGCCCGUCUCCGAACCAGAAACAGCCCUCAAGAACCAGGAAAUGGAGCUGAUUAGAAACAAAGAGAGGCUUCAGUUCUUUAAGUGGUGUUCUAAAGCCUUUAAGAACAUCAACGUGGUGCCGCCGGACAUCGGCGCUGUGCACCAGGUGAACCUGGAGUACCUGUCUCAGGUGGUGCAGGAGCGGGACGGCUUCGUCUUUCCCGACAGCGUGGUGGGCACCGACUCCCACACCACCAUGAUCAACGGCCUGGGGAUCCUCGGCUGGGGAGUGGGCGGUAUAGAAUCGGAGGCGGUCAUGCUGGGCCAGCCCGUCUCCCUGACGCUGCCCCAGGUCGUAGGCUGCAAACUGAUGGGAUCCAUCAACACCCUGACCACGUCCAUAGACAUCGUCCUGGGGAUCACCAAGCACCUUCGCCAGGCCGGUAUUGCUGGGAGGUUCGUGGAGUUCUUUGGGCCAGGCGUUUCCCAGCUGUCCGCUCCAGACCGUACGACCAUCGCCAACAUGUGCCCCGAAUACAACGCCACCGUCAGCUUUUUCCCCGUAGAUGAUGUCACACUGAAGCACUUUAAGCAAACAAACUUUAGUGAGGAGAAACUUGAAUUACUGGAGGCAUACCUUAAGGCUGUGAAACUGUUUAGAAGUUAUCAGGACUCUUCAGAAGAUCCACAGUAUUCAGAGGUGAUAGAAAUAAACCUCAGCUCCAUCGUCCCCCAUGUCAGCGGGCCCAAGAGGCCUCAGGACAGAGUGGCUGUCAGCAACAUGAAGACGGACUUCCUGUCCUGCCUCAAUGAGAAGGUGGGCUUCAAAGGGUUCCACAUUCCUGUGGAGAAGCAGGAGACCCUGAUGCCUUUCCUCCAUGAAGGCCGGGAGUACAAGCUGGCCCACGGCUCCGUCGUUAUCGCCGCUGUCAUCAGCUGCACGAAUAACUGUAACCCCUCUGUCAUGCUGACUGCGGGUUUAUUGGCGAAGAAGGUGGUGGAGGCGGGCUUGGCGGUCAAGCCUUAUAUCCGGACCAGCCUGGCCCCAGGCAGCGGGAUGGUGACCCAUUACCUCAGUGCCAGCGGUGUCCUGCCUUACCUCAGUCGGCUUGGGUUUGAGGUGAUUGGUUAUGGAUGUGCCACAUGCGUAGGGAACACUGCACCCUUACCGGAAGCUGUUGUUGGUGCCAUUAAACAGGGAGACUUGGUUGCGUGUGGAGUGCUUUCUGGAAACAGACACUUUGAGGGCCGUCUGUGUGACUGCGUGCGUGCCAACUAUCUGGCCUCCCCACCCUUGGUGGUGGCCUACGCCAUCGCUGGAACUGUAGAUAUCGACUUUGAAACAGAGCCUUUAGGUGUGAAUUCGGAGGGUAAGGAGGUGUACUUGCGUGACGUGUGGCCCACUCGGGAGGAGGUCCAGCACACCGAGGGACACACUGUCAUCUCGUCCAUGUUCAAAGAAGUCAGGCACAGAAUGGAGAAAGGGAACAAGCUAUGGAGCAACCUCGAAGCACCUGAAUCAGAGCUGUUCCCUUGGGAUCCCAAAUCUACAUACAUCAGGUGUCCCUCCUUCUUCAACAAACUUACAAAAGAGCCGUCUCCACCCCAGUCUAUAGAGAACGCCCAUGCCUUGCUGUUUCUGGGGGACAUGGUGACGACUGAUCAUAUCUCCCCAGCUGGGAGUAUUGCGCGGGUCAGUCCUGCUGCCAAGUACCUCAUAAGCAAGCGCCUUACGCCUCGUGAGUUUAACUCGUAUGGAGCCCGAAGGGGGAAUGAUGCCGUGAUGACCCGCGGGACGUUUGCCAGCAUCAAACUCCAGAACCGCUUCAUCGGGAAGACGGGGCCGAAGACUUUGCACAUCCCAUCAGGCCAGACGCUGGAUGUGUACGAUGCAGCGGAGCGCUACCAGAGAGAAGGGAUCCCCCUCAUCAUCCUUGCGGGAAAGAAGUAUGGCUCUGGAAGCUCCCGUGACUGGGCUGCCAAAGGACCCUACCUGCUGGGCGUGAGGGCGGUGAUUGCAGAGAGUUUCGAGAAGAUGCACAAAAAUCACCUGGUGGGCAUGGGGAUAGCGCCGCUCCAGUUCCUGCCGGGGGACACCGCCGACUCCCUGGAGCUCUGUGGGAAGGAGAAGUUCUCUGUGGCCAUCCCAGAGGACCUGUCCCCACGACAAGAACUGACCGUCAAGACGAGCACAGGGAAGAGCUUCAGAGUGACGGCGCUGUUCGAGAGCGAGAUGGACGUGGUAUUCUAUCGGCACGGCGGGAUCCUGCGAUAUGUCGCUCGUAACAUGGUUCAGCAGUGGUGCUGAUGCGCCCCCCUCCCCGACCCC